GAUCACACUGUACACAUACUCACAUCUACAAUAAACACACUGCCAUUCUGGACCUUGAAGGGAGCUGUUGGUACUAAUAUUACAUUAACUGUCGCUAGCUCACAUCUAAUGUUGGAAUAAUGACUCAGAACUCAAACAAGAUGCAUGGUGGAAUGGAACUCCUCGAUCUCCUUCUGAACCAGGCAGACAACAUCCAACCCUGGCCAGUAACCCUACAUGGGACAGUGAACCCUGGCGGUGAUGCUGAUGAUUUCUUGGACACUCUGCUGGGUGGGAGUGACUCAUCAUCUCCUCCCACGUCGCCUCUGUGGUCCCCCUGCCCCAGUGACAGUGGCAUCAGUGAAGACCCAGCCUCAGACCAUCUGGACAGCCCCCAUCCCCCUGCCAGCCCUGCCAUUCACACAUUUCAGCUUCCACCCCAGUCUCAGUCACUCAGCUUUCUCCUGUCCAAGCCGGCUCCUGAUGUCUCCAUUGACUUGAGCUGGGAGUCUGGUCUCUUUCCAGAGAUCACAGGGCUUGCACAGUGUCUCUCGGCUACCCACAAUCCCCGGCUUCCCCCAGGCUAUCCACUCACUGUGAAGGGCCUGCUGCUGUCAGGACUCGGAGAGAAGGCCCAACGGAACUCACCGAAUUCCUUAAAGGAGCUAGUCCUAAAUGAGGAUGAGAAGAAGCUUCUGGCUAAAGAGGGCGUAAACCUCCCCAACAAACUGCCCCUGUCCAAGUUUGAGGAGAGAGUCCUGAAGAAAAUUCGCAGGAAGAUUCGAAACAAGCAGUCAGCCCAGGAGAGCAGGAAGAAGAAGAGGGAGUAUGUUGACAGACUGGAGGAGAGGAUGUCUGCCUGUAGCACACACAACUUGGAGCUGCAGAGGAAGGUCUAUCAGUUGGAGCAAACCAACACUUCCCUGUUGGAGCAGCUGGGUCGACUGCAGAGUGUCCUCACCAACGGGUCUGGAAAGCCUGUGCAGACAGGAACCUGCAUCCUGGUGCUGCUUCUGUCCUUCUCUCUCCUUCUCUCUCCAAGUCUACAACCUGACCCGUAUACUUCUACAAGUCAGGAGGACUUCACUGAAACCAGGGUGCCGUCCCGUUCGCUCCAGUCAGUAAUGGACACAGAGAGCACCUUCCAACCGACCAUGUCUCUGGCCCGGGGAGUGGAGCUCCUGGUUACUCUUCUCGAUAAGCUCCACUUUGGACCCAAGCAUCCAGACACAAACUGCCUUGACCACAACCUUAAGCAUCCACUUUGACCACUCUGACCACUCAAGUAUAUAAUGAAUAUAAGGAAUACAUUAACAGAAUGGGCAACUGCUGGGUUAGUCCUGUUUACUGCAGCUAAGACCAUAGUUGAUCACCAUCAUUUUAGAGAUCCAUACUGCUUAUGGUUUUCAUUAUAUUGUUGCUUUGGAAGUUAGUUUGUAAACCAAGACUAUGGACCCUAUUGAAGGGUCAUGUAAUAUACUGAUAAUGUAUUAUAUUCACAUGCCGGCUGAUGACCUUAUGGAUACUGACAAUUAUGGAUACUGAAUUUUAUUCACUUCACUUUCUUAUUUAACUUUCAUUCACCUUUUAAUAAAGUAUGAUUUGGAAGACUUU